GGUCUUGCACCUUGGUCUUGCACCAUCUAGUGAAAUGUUUGCGCUAUUGCAUAUUGAACCGGAACUGUUUUGGUGGAGUGGUAAACACGUGUACGAAGUGAAGUUGGCUGCUGAUACUGCAGCCUGUGGAGUGAGAGGCCAUGGGCAAAUCCAAACAGGUUGGGAACCACAAUGGGGGUAAGAAGAAAAACAUCUCAAAAACAUGGAAGACCAAGCGCCGUACCAAAGACCUUGAUCAGAUUCAUGCAGACAUGAGACCUGACCAAGCUGCCAAAAUGCUGAAGCAGAGUGUAGAUUUCGACGUCACAGGCUGUGCACAACACUACUGCUUACACUGCGCACGAUACUUUGUUGAUCUGAAGACAAUGAAGGAGCACUUUAAAACUAAAGUCCACAAGAAAAGGAUAAAACAGCUGCGAGAAGAGCCGUACACACAGGAAGAGGCAGAUAGAGCUGCAGGCAUGGGCUCAUACAUCCCUCCAAAGAAGGUGGAGGUCCACACUCAGCAAGUGGAAGAAGAUAUGGACUAAAAUUAUUCUGAAGUGGUGGUCUUGUUUGGAGUCUGUCUAGUACUGCUCGGCCACAAUGAGAGAGAAAAAAAUGUGAAUACGGGACAUUUUUGAUGGGCGUGAGCAGUGUGUUUGGGGGACUGUUGAUGGAUGUUGGACACAUGUAUAUAUGGAGAUGCAUCAAGUGAACGUUUUUGGAAAAUAAAGAAUGGUGUAUGCAUUUUAA